AGUCUAUAAAUAAUUGAUUUUUAAUAUAUGCACAAUGAAAUAAACCUUUGGAAAUAUAAUUGAUCAUAACUUAUGCCCUCAUUUUUUCUCAAUGCAAUAAAUGGCCGGAACGUAAUUAUGAAAUAAAUUAAUCGGUCUUUGUUGGAGUCUGAGUCUGGGUCUUGACCGGAUCGUGAAUCGAUCAAUUACUGUGAGAGAGGCCAAACUGUACUCUGGCUAAUAAUCGAGGUCAGCACUCUCCAUAUGGAGACAAAGCAGCAAGAUCAGCGAACUUUCCGGGCUAUGUGGUGGGGGAGGUGGAGGUGCUAUGAUUCAGCUGGGGGCCACCUUAUGAGACACCCGCGAUGGGAUGAGAUCUUGGGCAAUGAAUUAAUGCACAGUUUCCCGCCACUCUUGGCACAUCUCGCUCGGUGACAUGUGACUUUUGGCGACUUGUGCAAUUAAGAGCUGCAGCAACAAACACAAAAGUGUCGCAGUCGCAGCGGUAGUUACAGAUACAAAUACAGAUACAGAUACAGAUCCAGUGCCCUGUUCCAUUGAAACUCACUCUCCGUGCCAAAACUCAACUGAAUGGAGCUGACGCUGACUAAGAGGAUUAUUUUCCACUCCGUUGCUGUUGAAUCUUGGUGUUGCUGCACUGUAAUCCGAUCCACUUCAUCUAACUCACACCGAUUUGGGUGUUUUGUUGUGCACGGCGAGUCAUCUGGGUGGGUGGUUUGAAUACUUCACGGAAGCCCCUCUUUUUCGAACCAAACCUUACCCAAACAGCAGCAAACCGAUCCAAGCCAAACCAAACCCAACCCAACCCAAAGUAAUUUAAAACAAAAAGCUUAAAACGAGUUUUUGUCGAAUUGCAAUGGCCAAAUAAUUGCACGAAACGCAUUCGAGUUGCACCACCGAGUGCACAAAAGGGGGGAAUGGAAGCUAAGCCUGUGGGUCUUAGGAAACUUGAGAGCUGCAGUCGAGUUGGCCAAAAGAAUGCCUUUAUAGCGUUUGGGAUAACAGUCGGGAACAAAGAAACAUUUGGAAAAACGGUACGCUCUAAAGAAGACUUAGUAAAGAUUAAGUAUACCUUUACUAAUACGAUAUAUAAUAACAGUGGGUAAAAACGACUUGACAACCAAAACUGGAAGCAUAUAAAUCAAAAUAUAUGGGAAAGAAUUUGUGAAUUUAUGAAUUUCAAAAAUCAUAAAUAAUAUUUUUAAAGUCUUGUCAAGAAGCUUGUUUUACACAAAUAUGAAUUAAUUUCGGUGCAUAUUGCUGAAAAGCUAAGUCCUAAAAUAUUAAAAUAAGUAAAAGUAAUUCGAGUUAAAUACCAUUUAUAGGUGUACUUAACGAUUUUAGUUUUAUACAUAAAUCGAAGUGAAAAGAAGUUGUAUAUAAUUUGCGAACAUCCAAGUAUCACUUUUUGCAUGACAUUUAAAUCUAUAGCAAAUUACUGUUCGGAACCGAAAACUAAUGGAAUUAUUUCACUUAAUAUAGCAUAUAAAGUCUUGUAAAUCCCAAAACAGCUCAGUCGUAAUUAAAAUCGAGUGAUAUCAUGAAUAUCGUACCGUUAGAUGCUUUUGAAACUCUUCCGAUUUCCGCCAACCUUAGAACUCCUAUGAUUUGUCCGCCACUCUUUUCGUGGCACUCUGUGGCGAAGAUGUGUAUCCCUAAUGGUGACAUAGACAUAGACAAAUUGUAUCCACCUGAUGGAGGGUAUGGAGAAAUUCCUGGAGGAAUCCCUGGAGGAAUACCAGGAGGCAUACCUGGAGGAAAAAAUGAUGGAAAACCUGGAGGAACUUCUGGGGGAAAACCUGGAGGACCUUCUGGGGGAAAACCUGGAGGAACUUCUGGGGGAAAACCUGGAGGAUCUUCUGGGGGAAAACCUGGAGGAAAUAGUGGAGGAAUACCAGGAGGCAUACCUGGAAGAAAUAAUGGAAGAAUACCAGGAGGAAAUAAUGGAGGAAUACCAGGAGGAAUACCUGCAGGAAAUAAUGGAGGAAUACCAGGAGGAAAUAAUGGAGGAAUACCAGGAGGAAUACCUGGAGGAAAUAAUGGAGGAACUUCUGGUGGAAAACCUGUAGGACCUUCUGGGGGAAAACCUGGAGGAACUUCUGGGGGAAAACCUGGAGGAAAUAGUGGAGGAAUACCAGGAGGCAUACCUGGAAGAAAUAAUGGAAGAAUACCAGGAGGAAAUAAUGGAGGAAUACCAGGAGGAAUACCUGCAGGAAAUAAUGGAGGAAUACCAGGAGGAAAUAAUGGAGGAAUACCAGGAGGAAUACCUGGAGGAAAUAGUGGAGGAACUUCUGGGGGAAAACCUGGAGGAAAUAGUGGAGGAAUACCAGGAGGCAUACCUGGAGGAAAUAGUGGAGGAACUUCUGGUGGAAAACCUGUAGGACCUUCUGGGGGAAAACCUGGAGAAUCUUCUGGUGGAAAACCUGGAGGAAUACCAGGAGGAAAUAAUGGAGGAAUACCAGGAGGAAUACCUGGAGGAAAUAGUGGAGGAACUUCUGGGGGAAAACCUGGAGGAACUUCUGGGGGAAAACCUGGAGGAAAUAGUGGAGGAAUACCAGGAGGAAUACCUGGAGGAAAUAGUGGAGGAACUUCUGGGGGAAAACCUGGAGGAACUUCUGGGGGAAAACCUGGAGGAACUUCUGGUGGAAAACCUGGAGGAACUUCUGGUGGAAAACCUGGAGGAAUACCUGGAGGAAAUAAUGGAGGAAUACCAGGAGGAAUACCUGGAGGAAAUAGUGGAGGAAUACCAGGAGGCAUACCUGGAGGAAAUAAUGGAGGAACUUCUGGGGGAAAACCUGGAGGAAAUAGUGGAGGAAUACCAGGAGGAAUACCUGGAGGAAAUGAUGGAGGAAUACCAGGAGGCAUACCUGGAGGAAAUAAUGGAGGAACUUCUGGGGGAAAACCUGGAGGAACUUCUGGGGGAAAACCUGGAGGAAAUAAUGGAGGAAUACCAGGAGGAAUACCUGGAGGAAAUGAUGGAGGAAUACCAGGAGGAAUACCUGGAGGAAAUAGUGGAGGAACUUCUGGGGGAAAACCUGGAGGAAAUAGUGGAGGAAUACCAGGAGGCAUACCUGGAGGAAAUAAUGGAGAAACUUCUGGUGGAAAACCUGUAGGACCUUCUGGGGGAAAACCUGGAGGAAUACCUGGAGGAAAUAAUGGAGGAACUUCUGGUGGAAAACCUGGAGGAACUUCUGGUGGAAAACCUGGAGGAAUACCUGGAGGAAAUAAUGGAGGAACUUCUGGUGGAAAACCUGGAGGAACUUCUGGGGGAAAACCUGGAGGAACUUCUGGUGGAAAACCUGGAGGAAUACCUGGAGGAAAUAAUGGAGGAACUUCUGGGGGAAAACCUGUAGGACCUUCUGGCGGAAAACCUGGAGAAUCUUCUGGUGGAAAACCUGGAGGAAUACCUGGAGGAAAUAAUGGAGGAAUACCAGGAGCCAUACCUGGAGGAAAUAGUGGAGGAGCUUCUGGGGGAAAACCUGGAGGAACUUCUGGUGGGAAACCUGGAGGUAUACCUGGAGGACCUUCUGGGGGAAAACCUGGAGAAUCUUCUGGUGGAAAACCUGGAGGAAUACCUGGAGGAAAUAAUGGAGGAACUUCUGGGGGAAAACCUGGAGGAAUUUCUGGGGGAAAACCUGGUGGAACUUCUGGGGGAAAACUUGGAGAAUCUUCUGGUGGAAAACCUGGAGGAAUACCUGGAGGAAAUAAUGGAGGAACUUCUGGGGGAAAACCUGUAGGACCUUCUGGCGGAAAACCUGGAGAAUCUUCUGGUGGAAAACCUGGAGGAAUACCUGGAGGAAAUAAUGGAGGAAUACCAGGAGGCAUACCUGGAGGAAAUAGUGGAGGAACUUCUGGGGGAAAACCUGUAGGACCUUCUGGGGGAAAACUUGGAGAAUCUUCUGGUGGAAAACCUGGAGGAAUACCUGGAGGAAAUAAUGGAGAAAUACCAGGAGGCAUACCUGGAGGAAAUAAUGGAGGAACUUUUGGGGGAAAACCUGGAGGAACUUCUGGGGGAAAACCUGAGGGAACUAAAAACAUAAAUAUCAACGAUAUUAAAUUGAAAACUGGCUGAUUGAAGUUGUUCUUAACUUUAAAUAUUACGACCUCGGAAUAAGAAAAUUAUUACUAAAUUUGCCUUGAAAUUAGUCAACCUUGCUAAUUAAACCAAUUUAAAAUAAAAAGAUGUAAAAAAAAAUGUUUUUUUCUUAAAGAGCCUUAUGUUUUCUUUAUUUAUUGAAUACAUUUUUUACUGAUUUCAUAAUAUGUUUGCUACAAUAUACAUGUAUAUUAAAAAAGAAAAGGUAUUAAUAAAGGUAUUAAUAUA